AUGUCUGGAGUAGCAGGCCGAAAGAACAGCCUGAAUGACAAUAACCCUCAUCCCUUUGUCAGACACAUGAAGAGGACAACGCCUUCCCAGGUUAACGAGCUGCGAGCGGAGAAGGUUGAGCAGCGCAGUGUGACUCUGGUUUGGAGGGAACCCGCCGUGUAUCCCAACAGCAGCCGCACUGAAUACGAGAUCAAAUACUAUGAGAAGGAUCAGAAAGAUCAGAGCUAUUCCACGGUGAAGACGGCCGCCACCAGAAUCAGCGUCAACAACCUGAAACCAGGCACCACCUAUGUCUUCCUCAUCCGCACCUGCUCCAGCCCAGCACUUUCGUCUCUUUCUUCCUCUCCUCUUUCUUCUUCCUCCUCCUCCUCCUCUUUGUCUCCAUCUUCCCUGUCUGCUUCCUCUUCCUCUUCCAGCCCCGUGGCAGCUGUGUCGCCCCCUCCGCUCGACUACGGGGCAUACAGCGCACCGCUGGAGCUGCAGACGCUUGGGGAAUUGGCCCUGGCCUCUAGUGAACAGAGUCCUGUGGUGAUCAUCGUGGUAGUUUCGGUGGCUGCUCUCAUCAUGUUACUGACUCUUGGAGUUGGAUUGCUCAUCUGGAGAAGACAACAAAACCGUCCCACGUGCACAGAAGUGCUCCCGCGACGCACGAGUGCAUGUAUGCAAUACAUGAGGAAAAUCACCACUCAUGUGUUUUCACAAGGUCAUCAAGUUCUUCCACAGUGGGACAUAAAAGAACCGUACAGUUGUCGCUGUGGUGCAGUGGUUACUGUACAUGUUGUGAUGCUCAUGCGGAUGGUGCAGGUUUGA